CACAUUACCGACGUGAAUUAUAUGAUGGCGCUUCAAUCGUUUUUUUUUUGUGUCAAACGAACGUAAGAAGAUGUCGCUUUCCUAGCCACGAUGGCCACUGAUUAUAGAAUACAUUCUUUGUGUCAUAGCAUGGCAAUAAGCCGGGCGUGAUCAGGCGUGAUCCUUGCAAGGUUUACGGUGGUAGAUAAUAAUAGAUAUGUCGAGAAACGACGGUAAAAAAGAUACGUCGGCGUCAGCGUUCCGAAAAAUAGAUGUUGAUCAAUACAGUGAUAAUAAUUUCAAAGAAGAGGAUGCCGAUGCUGGUUCGACGGGACCAACUGGUCCCGACGAAAAUGAAAUUUUGACACUUCUUAGCCAGGGUAAGAAUGCAGAAGCAUUGAUAUCCGUUUUAAAAUCAGCACCACUAGGAUGUAAGAACCAACAGAUAAAGGACAAUGCUAGGAAUUUAACACAGAAGGUUCUUCUAAGCAUAAAGUCAAAUCAAAUGGAUGAUUGUCUGGCGCAGUUAGACGCAGUAGAUCAUGAUUUAAUGGAUGUAUUAAUGAAAUAUAUUUAUAGAGGAUUUGAAAUUCCAACAGAAGGUAGCAGUAAUCACUUGUUAGUAUGGCACGAGAAAGUUUAUAAUAUUAGCGGAGUAGGUAGUAUCGUACGUGCAUUUUCGGAUAGUAAACGUGCUUGAAGUAUCUCUACUUUUUAUUUCUUUUUUUAAUUUUAUUU